AUGGGUAAAAAGAACAACAAGAACAAUAAGGCGAAGGGUAAACCUCAAAGUCCUUCUGUUAAGAUACCUCCCACCCCAAUUAGCGCCACACAAAACACACCUGUGACCUCGAAUGGCAAGAAAAAAACAUUUGCAGAUUCACAGUCCAACUUGGGAUCUCCAUAUCAUACACCUCUCACAUCACCCUCGACCCCUACGGCUGAUUUACCAUCUAAUGAUUUGGUGGUGCAGAAAUCGUCGGACUCGGCGGAGACGCAGAAACAUGACGCGUCAGACCGACUUCCAGAUCCAGAUACGGAAGCAGAGCAGGACCAUAGUCAAGAGCAGUCGAACGGGGAACAAAGCCUGGGUGGGAUUUCAGGACCAGAAUCAAACCUAGAACCAGGCCCAAAACAAGAGACAGCAAGUGAUACAGGGCAAGCAGUCUUCUCACCAAAUGACGCAAACCAACAUCAGGAAGAUCCAAUCCCCCCGACCUUGGGCGAUACAGAGGAACUGCUUACAGAAGGAAAGCAGGAACCGUCCCAACAGUCGCAUGGCGAUGACGUCCCCCGAGAGCAAGUCUCCGCAGUGCUACCAAAACCAGACCCCGACCCAGAAGAAACCUUGAAAUGGGACUCGCUAAAUGUCAAACGUGUCGAAUCACCAUCAGGGCCUGGAAACUCGUUGAACGAGCAUGCCGAUACGAUAGAGGCGCCUGGACUAAUAGAGGAGCAGGGAAUGCCCGAGGGUCAAACGGAGGGGAGAGACAACACAUAUGAUUCACAGACUGGAUACAUAGAAGCAUUUGGGCCUUCUCCUGAGGUUGCAGGACAAACAGAGGUACAAGUAGAAGCAGAAACAUUGGACACCAAGAGUCAUUCUGCUACUACGGAGGAUCAAACUCAAGCGCAACACGAAGCUGAAGGCAUAAGGACUGGAGAAGAAUUGGCUUCAGUAAACACCGAAGCAGAGGAUUACAGAGACGCUAACAUCCAACCUGAAGCCGUUGUUGAAUCUAAAGCCGAAGUGGAACUACAAACUGGAGAGGAUGCAAAUGUAGAUCCAGCAAAUGCUAUGGCGGAAGCUUCCACAAAUGCGCAAACAGAGGCAGACCCCGGGAUUAAUGCUAAACCCGACUUAGUCGAUGAGGUCAAACUGGUUACCGAGGCACAGGUGGAUAUCGAGGGGCAAGAGAACCACCGAACGGAGGAUGCAAACUCCGGCUCGGAAUUCCUAACAGAGACGGGUUUACAAGAUGUGCAAUGUCAGAGCGACAAUCGAGAAGAUUUGGUCAUCGGAGCGGCUGAUGGACGAGGGGAAGCCGACGGUGAAGCUUUUAAAAAAGCGGAAGUUGGUGCCAUGAUUGUGGCGUCAGAUUUAGGAGCCGGAUUAGAAGACCAUGCAGAAAUUCUCGCAGGUUCGGAGGCCAAAACUGAGGUAGUGGGAGAGACUGAGGAAGAGGAGGCAGGAAUCACCACUGAAGGCUAUCCAGACGUUGACACGAUCGAUCCCAAACCUCAAGCUGAAGAGAAUGGGCAAGAUGUAUCACCAGAGGUCCCAGAUGCUGCAGGGCUGGCUAACACUGCAGUAGGCUUUCAGAGCGAAACACAACCUGUGUCUGUAACAGAGAUAUCGGUCGAUAUGAAGGAUACAGUCGAAAUAGAAGAGACACUAUCUGCAGUUGGAUUUGACGAACACCAUCAACCUAUGGAUGAGAAGAAGUUUGAAGCAGAUAGAAUGGAGGGUGAAUUGACAGAGUCGCAAGGAAUUACUGCAAUGAGAGAACUGGAGGCAGAGAAUGAGGUGGUAGCUGACGAAGAGCUUUCUUCACAGGAAACUGCGGUAGAAGGUCAUGCCGAAGAAGUGGUCGAACAUGAAGAUGAAGUUGAGAUGGAAGUUGAGGCAGACAUCGAGGGUGGAUAUGAAAUGCGAUUUACAGAGGAUGAUGAAGAGACUGAGAAUGCAAUUAACACUGAUGUGCACGCCGCAGUCAAAGGACAGGAAGUUGUGGAGGAGCGCGCUGAAGCACAGUUUCAGGCUAACGCAGCAGUCGAAGAGACACACGAUGAAGAAGACUCUGACAUCCAGAUUGAAAUCGAGGAGGCGCCCUCCGAAGAAUGUGUAGCCGAUGAGGUCGCCGCUUCAGAAGCGCUGAUGGGUGAAAGAGUAGAGACACCAGCUCAUAUCGUACAAAACCCUCCCCUUCCAUCCUCAACAGACCAGUCGCAGGAACCAAGUCCCACUCUUUCCUUGAGCGUGGAUGAUGUUGCUUCUAAGGACAUCCUUGCAAUUGCGAACGUUCUGGCCAAUAUGAAGUCGGCAUUAAUGUCUAUGUCGGAGGCCUUUGGUCGCCUUGGAGAUCAAGUCGAGGGGAUGGUGUCCCUCAGCGUCGAUAUCAAGGCGGCAGAUCAGAUCCGUCAACUUCAAGUCAUGUUUGGUAACAAAAUCGCAAAGCAUAAGGCUGACAUCGAAUCAUUGCGGAUUUUUCUGAAGAGCAAAAUCAAAGAAGUGGUUGAAGAAAAAAUUCGAUCCCACCUGUAUGAGCUCGUCAAGGACUCCAUCCAGCAUCGAAUAGAAGAGAAAGUAAGAGAUCAAUGUUACCUCAGGGAAGCUCGUCACCACAAUUCUCUUCAAACAGUACCUGGUCCGAAUGCGCGCCUGAGGCCCCUGUUGCGACCUCUUCCAACGCCAGAGCAAUCUCCUAUUAUACACAUAAGUCGCUCGAGCUCGCUUGAAACCUCGACUCUUGCCACCCCAACUACAGCAUUUCCACAAGUCCCGGCUCCCACACCCAUCAAACGAGUCACUUCGAGCUCAUUAAGAUCAGCCUUGAUGCCAGAGACUGUUCCACCCACACCGUCUGUUCACUUCCCUCGUGAUUUGUCAGCAUUGUUUGCACUUAGUCAAGACGAGACGAGGAGGCUUUUGCGCGAGUAUGGAUUAGACAGUGCGACAUCGUCUCCUGUGAGAGAGACUGUGAGGCCGAGAGGGCUUUCCAUUGUCUCUGAAGAAAGCACCAAUGCCGGUCACAACAAUAAGUUUGAUCUUGAGGAAGGGUCAGAGGCACAUGCAAAAGAUAUGAACAAACUCAUGUCUCAUUUCGGGGUGCGUUCUUUUUAUGCCUCUUAUCUUUUAAUCGGGCUGAGCGAACUGAAGGUUCCUUUCCUGAUGAUUCCUGGGCCGAAGGAGAAAAUCGACCAAGCUGCUCCGUUAUCCUCAAGAAGUCGGCGCAAACUUCUCACUCCCUUAAUCAUAAAGUGA